AUGUCUGCACUUCGAAAGAAAUUUGGGGACGAUUAUCAGGUAGUGAACACCUCAUCUAGCGGGUCUGGAUUCAAUCAGCCUCCCCCAGAGAAAAAGAGGAAGAGGCAGCGGUUCGUGGACAAGAACGGGCGAUGUAACGUCCAGCAUGGGAACCUGGGUGGUGAAACCAGCAGAUACCUCUCAGACUUAUUCACAACACUAGUAGAUCUGAAAUGGCGCUGGAAUCUAUUUAUUUUCAUCCUCACCUACACAGUCGCUUGGCUCUUCAUGGCCUCUUUGUGGUGGUGCAUCGCAUACAUCCGAGGAGACCUCAACAGAUCCCACAAUGACAAGUACACUCCAUGUGUGGCCAAUGUCCAUAACUUCCCCUCAGCCUUUCUCUUCUUCAUAGAGACCGAGGCCACGAUAGGAUAUGGCCACAGAUACAUCACAGACAAAUGUCCCGAGGGGAUCAUUCUCUUUCUUUUCCAGUCGAUCCUCGGAUCGAUCGUCGAUGCCUUCUUGAUCGGCUGCAUGUUUAUCAAGAUGUCUCAGCCCAAGAAAAGGGCCGAGACUUUGAUGUUUAGUGAACAUGCUGCCAUAUCUAUGCGAGAUGGAAAACUAACUCUCAUGUUCAGGGUCGGCAACCUGCGUAACAGCCAUAUGGUCUCUGCACAGAUCCGCUGCAAAUUGCUGAAAUCUCGCCAGACGCCCGAGGGCGAGUUUCUUCCGCUGGAUCAGUUGGAGCUGGACGUGGGUUUCAGCACUGGGGCAGACCAGCUCUUCCUCGUCUCACCACUCACGAUCUGCCAUGUGAUUGACACCAAAAGCCCCUUCUACGACCUCUCCCAGAGGUCCAUGCAAACGGAGCAGUUUGAAAUUGUGGUGAUACUAGAAGGAAUAGUAGAGACUACAGGUAUGACCUGCCAAGCGAGGACAUCUUACACCGAGGACGAGGUUCUGUGGGGACACCGCUUCUACCCGGUUAUCUCCUUAGAGGAAGGCUUCUUUAAGGUGGACUACUCUCAGUUCCACGCCACGUUCGAGGUGUCCUCCCCUCCGUACAGCGUGAAGGAGGCGGAGGAGGCUCUGCUUCUCUCCUCGCCCCUCAUGGCUCCGUCCCUGUGCAACAGCGGGGAGAAGAACAGCUCUCUGGACUGCCUGGAGACCCUGGAGGACAAUGACAGCACCUGCAAGCUGCCCACCAAGCUCCAGAAGAUGUCAGGGCGGGAAGGCCUGCCCAAGAAGCUACUAAGGAUGAGCUCCACCACCUCGGAGAUGACUUACAGCUUUGGAGACCUGCCCAUGAAGCUGCAGCGAAUCAGCUCUGUUCCCGGUGUCUCUGAUGAUAAGCUGGGCGGGAAGGCCUCCAAGAUGUCAGAGCCCAUGAGUAAGUCAGUGGCAGACUUACCCCCCAAGCUGCAGCGAAUGGCUGGGGGAGGGGGGGGCCGGAUGGACGGACACCUGCCGCCCAAACUCCGAAAGAUGAAUUCUGAUCGCUUUACAUAGAGCAGGCAACCUAUUUUAACUUAUGCCAUCCCCCUUUAUUUCCCUACCCAAAGUCCUUGUACUAUUCCUAAUUAAUGGACAAUAUUCUUAUAUUAAAAGAAUUGUAGAACAUGUGCACAAAUACCUUAUAUGAAGUAGGGUGAUGGAAUUGAGCACAUUUCUCCCUGGAUGUAAGUGUACAUGCUAUGACGAAAGAACUCUGAUAUUUUUUUUAGGAUGAUGUACAAUUAGCACAAUCUGGCAUGUAAGAAACAACGCAUGUAGAACAGAAUCUCAAUAAUUUCUAGCAUGAUAUUUAUUGAUAUAUUAUUUUACAAAAACAAUUUCUUUGGUGAUUUUACUGACAGUGGAAAAAUUGCACAAAGCCAUAUGAUUUACGACGUGGAAAACCUACAUUACAUAAUACUAAUUUGUGGUGACGGAAGGCACAUACAUUUGUUUUGAGUUGAUUGCUUUUGUUGUUUACUGUAAAAUUGUGGCAAUGUUAUGUUGAUUGCAUGCUCCUCUUAUUGACUUAGCUAUACAAAGGUAAUAGACAAAGAUGUUUAGCCUUAACUAUAUUACCUUGUAUCCAUUUCCAUGUUUGUUCACAGCUGGAUUUUUGGUAUUUCUUAUAUAGACUAUUUUACCAUGUGCGAUUUUAUGACUUUAUUAGUUGAUCAAAUCCAGAAUAUGUUGCUAGAUGAUGUAUUUAACAUUUGAAAAUGCAUUAUUGGCAUCAUAUGACCUGUCUGAACUAGGCGCAAUGCUACGCAAUUUCCACUUGCUUAUUAAAGUAACACUUAAGUUGAAAGAGUCAAUACUUUUUCUUGAUAAGCACAAAGCAAUCAGUUUUUAAUUCCAUGUGAUAAUAGAAAACAUUUAUGGGCAAUUUGUCAUGAAUUAAUUGCUUAGGACAGUUGUUCAGUACAUCAUUCCUUUUAUUAUAUAACAGAAUUAUCUUAAUUUUCAUUAGGCCUGUGUGGUCAUUUAGGACACUCCAUUAGAUUUUCAACUUAGGUGUUACUGGUUAGAUUUAGAGUUGGGCCCAUAAGGAAAUCAUAACCUUUGUCCUAAGGGCCCAUAAUCUCCCUCCUCUGUGAUGAAAGCAAUAAUAGUAUAAUGACUAUAAUCUUUAUAUAGCCACAGGGUCUACCACAGCCCCAUAUUCAUUCUGUUUACUGAAUCCAUGCCAUGAAAUCUGGUUUUCUCUAAAUGCAUCAAAGACAUUGUAUGAUACCCAAUCUCUUCAGGAAUAAAGAUCUAACCUAACUGUUAA